AUCGAAGCGAUUUUGGAAGAAAUGAUAGAUGUCCUUCUGCAUGACAAACUCGAAAUCAGCAUCGUAUUGAAGACUCGACAGCGGCCUGGAAGCACGGACCAUUCUGAUGCACCGACAAGACGACUCUGCUUUCCUGGCAAGACUGCCGAUGAAGCAUGGCGAUUCUCGGUCGUACUACGCCUCCUGGAGCUUAUUCAUGAGGCGUUGCGCAAUGAUGUGGUGAUAUCGAAGAGGGACAUAUACUAUCGCGAUCCGGCUUUAUUUGGCAGCCAGACUACUGUUGAUCGAUAUGUUGACGACAUUGCGUACACUCUCGGCGUUACCAGAUCCAUGCUCAAUGUUUGCGCUGCAGCCAAAGGCCUCAUCGCUGGGGCCAUAACCUUUCUCCGGAACGACGGUAGCACGACUGACGCCUCGAUUGAUCCAGAGGGAAUCUUGGUGCCCAAUCUAAAGGAGGUGCUUUCAGCCGACUUGAAGGCUGUGAAAUGGGUUCUGGUCAUCGAAAAGGAAGCCACAUUUCGAUCUAUCGCUGGCUCCGCUUUCUGGGACACAAUCAUUCGGGAGGGCGUCAUCAUCACGGGGAAAGGCUACCCUGACCUUGCAACAAGGGCUCUCCUUCGCUAUUGCAGUCAUCCAUCUGCACAGAAUGGGUUCGCAUCACCUCCUGUCUAUGGACUCGCAGACUUCGAUCCUGACGGCAUCGCCAUUCUAUCAACCUACAAACGCGGGUCGAAGAAACUUGCACACGAGAGUAAAGAGCACGUCGUACCGCAGCUGAAAUGGCUAGGUCUUCGUAGUGAGCAUCUCCAUGCCGAUGAAUUCGACACGCAUGCCGCGCAAGGACGACUCACCUUGUCGAAGCGUGACAGAUCAAAAGCAACAAUGAUGAUUGAUCGAGAAAUUGAUAUAGACGACGGUGAUGCUCUUAUGGAGAGAAGAGAGCUGCAGACCAUGCUCAUGCUGAACACCAAGGCAGAGUUGCAAUUGCUUGAUGCGAUGCCGGACGGCAUGAACAAUCUGCUAAGCUCAAUGAUGAGCAAGUUGUGA